UCAUUGGCACUAGUUUCACGGCGCAAAGUGCGAACAUGAUGUAAUGUUUUGUUGACGAAUAUUCGAGAGAUCCGAGAGCGAGGUGUAGCGCAAAAUGUCGAUUGUUAAUUUUUUCAAAAACCUUUUCGGUAAGGGAGAGGACGCGCCGAAGCAGAGCUUCGAGGAUCACCAGUGCACGGACAAGUUUCGAAACCCGAUUUGGCAGGACGAUGACAGUGACAGCGACGAGAAUGAUUUCAGAAAUUUUCACAGUGACAUGCACUUUAAAAUCUUUAGUGAUCCCUUUGGAAUCGUCCGUUAUUAUGAACAGCAGAUGGAUGACAUGAUGAAGGGUAUAUUUUCUGGGUUCGAGUCCAACGGUGCUAUCUUCGACUUUGGCGAUGGCAAUUUUGAGGCUCUACCGUUUGAGCAGCCAAAAUCGGAAGGCUCUUUACGAGACAAAUUCCUGAGACCCGAUAAAGAACAUCACUUAAAUCUUCCGGCAUUGCAAGAUAAAGAAGAUACUAUUUUGGAUGGAAAGUUUAAUUCAAAAGACUUGAUACAAGCCUGGAAAAAUCGUGAACAGGAACCGAGCGAAGAAGUUCAAAUUACAAAACCGUUUGAAUCCCAUUCGUAUAAAAAAAUGAACUCUAUCAGGAUCAUUCAACGACCGGAUGGAACUGUGGAGAAGCACAAAACGUUCACGGACAGUCAAGGUAACAAGGAAACGGUAAUCACCAGGCAAAUUGGAGACAAAGUGCACACCAUCAAAACGAAAGUUGAUCCAACUGGAACUGAAACGAAAUUCGAAGAUCUAAUUAAUAUGAAUGAAAAUGAUCUGAAACAAUUUGAUCAACAAUGGAGAGAAACCCAAAAUAACAAACCCUUCGAAGAUCAGAAUUCACUGAAUUAUUUCCCAUGGCACAAGUUCUUCGGUCCUAACCUGUAAUCUCCCUGGUGAACUAGCUAACUAUAUUACUAGUGCAUAUAGUGAUCGAGAUCAACGGUUUUAAACUUCAGCAUCUAUUUCUUCCAGAAUCCACUAGACCAAAUAGGUACUAACAUGUCCCAGAAAGGAGAUGUGAAAUAACUUAAAAGAAAACAAAAAUAGUGAAUUUCGUUGAACAUCUGGAAAAUACAUUGUACAAGGCUUUGUGUUUAAUAAAAAUCACUUCGUUAUAUUGACAA